AAUAUAAAAGAAAAAAAAAGGUCUAAAACCACCAUUCUAUCUGUCAACAACAACAUGCUGCCCCUUCAUUUUUAAAAGGACCACCCUUUUUUGUUUCUUCUUCUUCUUCCUCGACCUAACCCCCUCCCUUCCUUUCUCUUUCUUCUUUGCUUUUAAUCAAUCAACAUCAUCAUAAAAAACUCCGCUUCAUCAUCAUCGACCAUGGACGGCGGUGGUAGUAGCAGCAACAGUUUCAGGAAAGUGAGGAACCCUUUUGUCACUGACCAAGAAUUAGAAGAAAGUGACAACGUUUCGUCAGUAACUGGAGCUGAAUCUCCUCCUCCUUCUACUACUAAAAAAGGCAAAAGAUCCAUGCAGAAAAGAGUGGUGUCAGUACCAAUCAAGGACGUUGAAGGUUCCCGCCUUAAAGGUGAGGGUGCUCCACCGUCUGAUUCUUGGGCAUGGCGGAAGUACGGCCAAAAACCUAUCAAAGGUUCACCUUACCCGAGGGGUUAUUACCGGUGUAGUAGCUCAAAGGGAUGUCCGGCGAGGAAACAAGUCGAGAGGAGCCGUGUAAACCCUACAAUGUUAGUGAUCACUUACUCUUGCGAACACAAUCACGCUUGGCCUGCUUCUAGACACAACAACACAUCCGCUAAACAAGCAGCGGCGGCGGCGGGGGAAGCUUCCGAGUCGCCGACUAAAUCCACCACAGCUGUAAAGCACGAUCCGUCCACGUCGCAACCGGAUACAGAACCGGAUUCAGGGAUGGAAGAUGGCUUCGCUUGUCUGACGGAGGAUUCGAUUCUUACGACGGGGGAUGAAUUCGCUUGGUUCGGGGAGAUGGAAACCACGUCGUCGACGGUAUUGGAGAGCUCGUUAUUUUCUGAAAGGGAUAACAGUGAGGCGGAUGACACGGCGGUGAUUUUCCCGAUGAGGGAAGAAGACGAAUCGUUAUUCGCUGAUCUCGGCGAGUUGCCAGAGUGCUCGUUUGUGUUUCGGCACCAACGGAAUGUGGGACCACAGGUUGGGAUCUGCUGACGUGUGGCGGUACCGUAGGAGUAGUUGGCUCCGACGUCGUCCGGAAAAUCCCCAAACGGUGGGACAACCAAAAAAAUUGAAAAAAAAAAAAGAGUGAAAACUAAAAUUUUAUUUUUAUUUUUAAGGAAUCUCUUACAUUUUGAAAUUUCCUCUGAAUUAUUAUUAUUAUUACAGUAUUUAAGUUGCCUUUGAUUUCGGGUGUAGUAAAUGAAUAAAGAAGAACUCCGAAUUCCUAA